AUGGUCACCGCCGCCCAAGUACGGCAGUCCAAUGCCCAACUCACAGUGGAAACAACACCGCGGACCGUCUUGUUCGUUGGCGGGACGUCAGGAAUCGGCAAGCUCACACUCGUCGAGCUUGUCUCACUCGGAUUUCCUGUCAAGGCGUAUGUCGUCGGCCGCAAGGCGACCGAGCCCGCCAUGAGACCGCUGCUCGAGGACCUGCGCCAGAAAAACCCGUCGGCCGAGCUCAUCUGGAUCGAAGGAGAGAUUUCGCUCCUCUCCGAGACGAAGCGCAUCUGUGAGCUGGUCAAGGCCAAGGAGCCACGGCUCGACUUCCUCUGCCUGACGGCGGGAUAUGCCCCCUUUGGCGGAAGAGACAACACUACAGAAGGAUUGGACGUCACCCACACCCUAGAGUACUACGGCCGCAUGCUCUUCACGCUGCAUCUCCUCCCUCUCCUCCGCGCAGCCCCCGCCCCGCGCGUGCUGACCGUGCUCGCUGGCAGCAUGCUCUCGGCCAGGGGCUUCCUCUCCGACGACCUCAACCUCGAGAAACCGGGAAACUUUGGCGCCAUGCGAACGCAGACGCACAUGGCCGUUAUGAACACGCUUUUCCUCGACCGGCUGGCGUCGGAGCCCGGCAACGGGAGUGUCACGUUCGUGCACAACUGGCCCGGCGCCGUAGACACGGGAAACAUGGCGCGGUACCACGUCCCGACGACCUGGUCGCCGAUGCCGUGGACUAACCUGAUGAGGCCGGUGUUCCUGUUCAUGGGGUUCGAUGAGAAGGAGGCCGGAGAGAGGCAUGUUUACAAUGCCACGAGUGGGGAGAUCGGAGGCAGCGGGCCCAGAAUCCGGGAGGAGGGGGAGGGAGGGAGGAACACGAGGGGGGAGGAGGGGAAGAGGGGCAUGUUCUUGCUGAAUCACAAGUGCGAGGUUUCCGAGAAACGGGAGAUUUUGAAAGGGUUGAAGCGGGAGGCGCAAGGGCGCGUUUGGGAGAAGACGAUGGAGAUCCUGGGGCCGUACUUGUGA